AUGGAGGAGGUGAGUGGUGUGGUUUCCUGUUGUGUUGUAGACUGACAGAAAACGGUGAAGGGGGUCAACAACCAUCAAGAUGGAGGAGGUGAGUGGUGUGGUUUCCUGUUGUGUUGUAGACUGAUACUGACAGAAAACGGUGAGGGAGCUCAACAACCAUCAAGAUGGUGGAGGUGAGUGGUGUGGUUUCCUGUUGUGUUGUAGACUGACACACUGUGACUGUGUACCCCUCUCCUACUGCUUGUCAGAUUGUCUUUAUUACGUCUCUGAUUCAGAGGGUUUUACACAUCACACUGUAGUAUUAGGCCGAACUAAUAACCUGUACAUAAUAACUGUGCUCCUGUAUGGCUCGGUUGGUAGAGCGUAGCAAUGCCAGAAUUGUGGGUGUGAUUCCCGGGGCAGUCCAUACAUAACAAAUGAAUGCAUGCAUGACUAAGCCACUUAGCGUCUGCUAAAUGGCAUAAAAUAUCGAAAUGUUUUAAACGAUACAUUUUGUCAUGAUCCCGGGUGGGUUCAAACGAUGUCACUACACCCCAGAAACUGGUUGGAAUUACUGAUUUUAAAGUGACAUCAUAAUGACUUAAUUUCAACCAGUCAGUUUUUGGAUGCUGAGAUGGCCCUGGUAAACACUGAUGUGUCAACACUGUACUGUCUGCAUUAGAAUACUCAACAGGUACUGGCUUGUGUACUCUGUUGUACUCGUAAGUGUUCUCUGUUGCCAUGUAAUUAUGGGUCUCAGGGUCAUGCCUUCAACAACUGCCUGAGUGAACAAGACUGUGUUAGCCUAGCCUAGCCUGCUGAGCUAGAACCUAGGCAUUAACUAUGGGAGCUAACACAAGUCUCCAUGUCUCAAAGGUCAAUCAUCACUGGGAACACGGUUCACCAAACUACUCCAUUACAUGAGUUCCUCAGAAGUUGGACCGGAGCUUUUCCCCCCACACAUAUCAGAGUAGCUAUGACGUAGUAUAUUCUACUGGUGUUGUACUGAGUCUAGUCAGACCGAUUGAGGUAGUAUAUUGUACUGAGUCUAGUCAGACCGAUUGAGGUAGUAUAUUGUACUGAGUCUAGUCAGACCGAUUGAGGUAGUAUAUUGUACUGAGUCUGACCAGUAAAGGUUGCAGCCAGGUCUGGUUUGGUUCAACCCCCAUGCCAGCUACAUGAUGUGAUCUCACCAGGAAAUGGCUGAAUCACGCAGCACUCAGGACUAAGCAGUAGGCAAAGACUGGGGAACUGGACAAUAUACAUGAUAGAAAUGUUGUGAAUAGAGCUGACGUGAUUUCUUAUCCUACAUGUCUACAUAAUAGAUUUCUAUCUGAGCAUUCCAUGCCAUGGGUCGUAUUCAGGUACAUUGUAACAUAGCGAACGUCGAAUUUUGCCCUGUAAAAUAAUAAUUUUGUUAUCGGACAUGCUCAGGUGUUCCCUCCCUGUUUGUCUGUUUUCUUCAGUUUGUUACCUACUGAAUAGCUACAACCCUGGUAUCCCCUCCUCUAGGUAAAGUCCCUCUGGAGGAGCUGAACGUGGGUCUAGAAACAGAGAAGCAGCCGGGUCAGUAUGCGUGGCAGCUGAAGAUCCUACGGGAGGUGCUGUCUGCCUCUGGGACCCAGGAGAGGGAGGAGCUACUAAAAGAGACAACCCAAGGAGAGCUCUGUGCCCUGGUCCACAACAUCACUGAGAAGGUAGUUAACCCCAUAGAGAGCUCUGGUCCACAACAUCACUGAGAAGGUAGUUAACCCCAUAGAGAGCUCUGGUCCACAACAUCACUGAGAAGGUAGUUAACCCCAUAGAGAGCUCUGUUCCCUGGUCCACAACAUCACUGAGAAGGUAGCUAACCCCAUAGAGAGCUCUGUUCCACAACAUCACUGAGAAGGUAGCUAACCCCAUAGAGAGCUCUGUGCCACAACAUCACUGAGAAGGUAGCUAACCUCAUAGAGAGCUUUGGUCCACAACAUCACUGAGAAGGUAGCUAACCCCAUAGAGAGCUCUGUUCCACAACAUCACUGAGAAGGUAGCUAACCCCAUAGAGAGCUUUGGUCCACAACAUCACUGAGAAGGUAGCUAACCCCAUAGAGAGCUCUGUUCCACAACAUCACUGAGAAGGUAAUUAACCCCAUAGAGAGCUCUGUGCCACAACAUCACUGAGAAGGUAGCUAACCCCAUAGAGAGCUUUGGUCCACAACAUCACUGAGAAGGUAGCUAACCCCAUAGAGAGCUUUGGUCCACAACAUCACUGAGAAGGUAGCUAACCCCAUAGAGAGCUCUGUUCCACAACAUCACUGAGAAGGUAGCUAACCCCAUAGAGAGCUUUGGUCCACAACAUCACUGAGAAGGUAGCUAACCCCAUAGAGAGCUCUGUUCCACAACAUCACUGAGAAGGUAGCUAACCCCAUAGAGAGCUUUGGUCCACAACAUCACUGAGAAGGUAGCUAACCCCAUAGAGAGCUCUGUUCCACAACAUCACUGAGAAGGUAGCUAACCCCAUAGAGAGCUUUGGUCCACAACAUCACUGAGAAGGUAGCUAACCCCAUAGAGAGCUCUGUUCCACAACAUCACUGAGAAGGUAGCUAACCCCAUAGAGAGCUUUGGUCCACAACAUCACUGAGAAGGUAGCUAACCCCAUAGAGAGCUUUGGUCCACAACAUCACUGAGAAGGUAGCUAACCCCAUAGAGAGCUUUGGUCCACAACAUCACUGAGAAGGUAGCUAACCCCAUAGAGAGCUCUGUUCCACAACAUCACUGAGAAGGUAGCUAACCCCAUAGAGAGCUCUGUGCCCUGUUCCACAACAUCACUGAGAAGGUAGCUAACCCCAUAGAGAGCUUUGGUCCACAACAUCACUGAGAAGGUAGCUAACCCAAUAGAGAGCUUUGGUCCACAACAUCACUGAGAAAGUAGCUAACCCCAUAGAGAGCUCUGUUCCACAACAUCACUGAGAAGGUAGCUAACCCCAUAGAGAGCUCUGUUCCACAACAUCACUGAGAAGGUAGCUAACCCCAUAGAGAGCUUUGGUCCACAACAUCACUGAGAAGGUAGCUAACCCCAUAGAGAGCUCUGUGCCACAACAUCACUGAGAAGGUAGCUAACCCCAUAGAGAGCUUUGGUCCACAACAUCACUGAGAAGGUAGCUAACCCCAUAGAGAGCUCUGUUCCACAACAUCACUGAGAAGGUAGCUAACCCCAUAGAGAGCUUUGGUCCACAACAUCACUGAGAAGGUAGCUAACCCCAUAGAGAGCUCUGUUCCACAACAUCACUAAGAAGGUAGCUAACCCCAUAGAGAGCUUUGGUCCACAACAUCACUGAGAAGGUAGCUAACCCCAUAGAGAGCUCUGUUCCACAACAUCACUGAGAAGGUAGCUAACCCCAUAGAGAGCUUUGGUCCAAACAUCACUGAGAAGGUAGCUAACCCCAUAGAGAGCUCUGUUCCACAACAUCACUGAGAAGGUAGCUAACCCCAUAGAGAGCUUUGGUCCACAACAUCACUGAGAAGGUAGCUAACCCCAUAGAGAGCUUUGGUCCAAAACAUCACUGAGAAGGUAGCUAACCCCAUAGAGAGCUUUGGUCCACAACAUCACUGAGAAGGUAGCUAACCCAAUAGAGAGCUCUGUGCCCUGGUCCACAACAUCACUGAGAAGGUAGCUAACCCCAUAGAGAGCUUUGGUCCACAACAUCACUGAGAAGGUAGCUAACCCCAUAGAGAGCUCUGUUCCACAACAUCACUGAGAAGGUAGCUAACCCCAUAGAGAGCUUUGGUCCACAACAUCACUGAGAAGGUAGCUAACCCCAUAGAGAGCUUUGGUCCACAACAUCACUGAGAAGGUAGCUAAACCCAUAGAGAGCUUUGGUCCACAACAUCACUGAGAAGGUAGCUAACCCCAUAGAGAGCUCUGUUCCACAACAUCACUGAGAAGGUAGCUAACCCCAUAGAGAGCUUUGGUCCACAACAUCACUGAGAAGGUAGCUAACCCCAUAGAGAGCUUUGGUCCACAACAUCACUGAGAAGGUAGCUAACCCCAUAGAGAGCUUUGGUCCACAACAUCACUGAGAAGGUAGCUAAACCCAUAGAGAGCUUUGGUCCACAACAUCACUGAGAAGGUAGCUAACCCCAUAGAGAGCUCUGUUCCACAACAUCACUGAGAAGGUAGCUAACCCCAUAGAGAGCUUUGGUCCACAACAUCACUGAGAAGGUAGCUAACCCCAUAGAGAGCUUUGGUCCAUAACAUCAAGAAGGUAGCUAACCCCAUAGAGAGCUUUGGUCCACAACAUCACUGAGAAGGUAGCUAACCCCAUAGAGAGCUUUGGUCCACAACAUCACUGAGAAGGUAGCUAACCCCAUAGAGAGCUCUGUUCCACAACAUCACUGAGAAGGUAGCUAACCCCAUAGAGAGCUUUGGUCCACAACAUCACUGAGAAGGUAGCUAACCCCAUAGAGAGCUUUGGUCCACAACAUCACUGAGAAGGUAGCUAACCCCAUAGAGAGCUUUGGUCCACAACAUCACUGAGAAGGUAGCUAACCCCAUAGAGAGCUCUGUUCCACAACAUCACUGAGAAGGUAGCUAACCCCAUAGAGAGCUUUGGUCCACAACAUCACUGAGAAGGUGGCUAACCCCAUAGAGAGCUUUGGUCCACAACAUCACUGAGAAGGUAGCUAACCCCAUAGAGCUUUGGUCCACAACAUCACUGAGAAGGUAGCUAACCCCAUAGAGAGCUUUGGUCCACAACAUCACUGAGAAGGUAGCUAACCCCAUAGAGAGCUCUGUUCCACAACAUCACUGAGAAGGUAGCUAACCCCAUAGAGAGCUUUGGUCCACAACAUCACUGAGAAGGUAGCUAACCCCAUAGAGAGCUUUGGUCCACAACAUCACUGAGAAGGUAGUUAACCCCAUAAAGAGCUUUGGUCCACAACAUCACUGAGAAGGUAGCUAACCCCAUAGAGAGCUUUGGUCCACAACAUCACUGAGAAGUUAGCUAACCCCAUAGAGAGCUUUGGUCCACAACAUCACUGAGAAGGUAGCUAACCCCAUAAGAGAGCUUUGGUCCACAACAUCACUGAGAAGGUAGCUAACCCCAUAGAGAGCUCUGUUCCCUGGUCCACAGCAUCACUGAGAAGGUAGAUAUUAACUGCUAGCCCACUUCCCUAACCCUCAGCUCACUGAUGGAGAAGAGGUUUGGGAACAUUAGUCUAUGUAACCCCAGCUAGUGUUUUACCUCCAACCCUUCAUAUACUGUUUACCAUAUACCUAUACCCUGUACCAUUUACAUUCACCAUAUACUAUAUACCCUGUACCAUUUACAGGUCACCAGGAUACUAUAUACCUGUACCAUUUACAUUCACCAUAUACUAUAUACCCUGUACCAUUUUACAUUCACCAUAUACUAUAUACCAUACCAUUUAUAACUUCACCACUACUUAUACCCUGUACCCUUACAUUCAACCAUAUACUAAUAUCCUAUCCAUUUACAUGCACCCAUAUACUAUAGUACCCUGUAACACCAUAUACUAAUACCUGGUACCAUUACAUUAAACCAUAUACUGAGAUACCUAUACCAUUGAAAUCACCAUAAGAUUAUGACCCUGACCAUUACAUCACCAGUAUACAUAUAAUCCUAACCAUUUACAUUCACCAUAUACUAUGAGUACCCUGUACCAUGUUUACAUUCACCAUAUACCAUAGUACUAUAUACCAUAUACCAUUUACAUUCACCAUAAUACUAUAUACCCUGUACCAUUUACAUUCACCAUAUACUAUAGUACCCUGUACCAUUUACAUUCACCAUACAAUACCAUACCAUUUACAUUCACCAUAUACUAUAUACCCUGUACCAUUUACAUUCACCAUAUACUAUAUACCAAUACCAUUUACAUUCACCAUAUACUAUAUACCCUGUACCAUUUACAUUCACCAUAUACUAUAUACCUGUACCAUUUACAUUCGACUAUAUACCCUGUACCAUUUACAUUCACCAUAUACCAUAUACUAUAUACCUAUACCAUUUACAUUCACCAUAUACUAUAUACCCUGUACCAUUUACAUUCACCAUAUACCAUAUACUAUAUACCCUGUACCAUUUACAUUCACCAUAUACUAUAUACCUAUACCAUUUACAUUCACCAUAUACUAUAUACCCUGUACCAUUUACAUUCACCAUAUACUAUAUACCCUGUACCAUUUACAUUCACCAUAUACUAUAUACCUAUACCAUUUACAUUCACCAUAUACUAUAUACCCUGUACCAUUUACAUUCACCAUAUACUAUAUACCAUACCAUUUACAUUCACCAUAUACUAUAUACCCUGUACCAUUUACAUUCACCAUAUACUAUAUACCUGUACCAUUUACAUUGACUAUAUACCCUGUACCAUUUACAUUCACCAUAUACCAUAUACUAUAUACCUAUACCAUUUACAUUCACCAUAUACUAUAUACCCUGUACCAUUUACAUUCACCAUAUACUAUAUACCAUUUACAUUCACCAUAUACCAUAUACUAUAUACCCUGUACCAUUUACAUUCACCAUAUACCAUAUACUAUAUACCCUGUACCAUUUACAUUCACCAUAUACCAUAUACCCUUUCCACACUACUGAGCAGAGCCACCUCUACUGUGUUGGCCUGGUUAUACAGCAUAUCCACCAUAGUUGCCGGAACUGGGUUGGAGAGGACAAGGUGAAAAGAAAAUAUCCAUGCCAAUGCCGUAUAGUUGGCACAGGGUUGGUACGAUAGUAUUAAUUAGUGUGAACCACAAAGCCACUACUACGGCAUAUCUGGGCAUUAUUAUUACUAAGCAGAUCAUCUGCUCUUCCUACAGGAUUACAUUGGGAUUCGCAUAUUAAUGACAGUGUCUUACACGAAGAACCUGGUUAGCCUUUUGAAUUGAGGUCUCAUGGUGGAUGCGUCCCAAAUGGUUUGAGGUCUCGUAGUGGAUGCGUCCCAAAUGGUUUGAGGUCUCAUAGUGGAUGCGUCCCAAAUGGUUUGAGGUCUCGUAGUGAAUGCGUCCCAAAUGGUUUGAGGUCUCAUGGUGGAUGCGUCCCAAAUGGUUUGAGGUCUCAUAGUGAAUGCGUCCCAAAUGGUUUGAGGUCUCGUAGUGGAUGCGUCCCAAAUGGUUUGAGGUCUCGUAGUGGAUGCGUCCCAAAUGGUUUGAGGUCUCGUAGUGGAUGCGUCCCAAAUGGUUUGAGGUCUCAUAGUGGAUGCGUCCCAAAUGGUUUGAGGUCUCAUAGUGGAUGCGUCCCAAAUGGUUUGAGGUCUCGUAGUGGAUGCGUCCCAAAUGGCACCCUAUACCCUAUAUAGUCCCUAUGGGCCCUGGUCAAAAGUAGUGCACUACAUGGAGAAUAGGGUGCCAUUUGGGACGUCGCCCCAUGUUUCCAGGACGUGCAGCUUCACGUCGGAGCGACUGAAUACAGGAUAACCAGAGCAGCACAGUAACAUGAUGUCAAGUCAUAUAUUAUACAGCUGUCAGAGAAAAUAAACACAUGCUUUUCCAUUACACAAUCUCUGGGAACACUACCUAUUUGGUGUGUGUGUGUGUGUGUGUGUGUGUGUGUGUGUGUGUGUGUGUGUGUGUGUGUGUGUGUGUGUGUGUGUGUGUGUGUGUGUUGUGAUGCCCCUGUGACUGACUACAGUGUGUGUGUGUGUGUGUGUGUGUGUGUGUGUGUGUGUGUGUGUGUGUGUGUGUGUGUGUGUGUGUGUGUGUGUGGUGUGUUGUGAUGCCCUGUGACUGACUACAGUGUGUGUGUGUGUGUGUGUGUGUGUGUGUGUGUGUGUGUGUGUGUGUGUGUGUGUGUGUGUGUGUGUGUGUGUACUUGUGUGACUGCCUGCAUAGUGCUCUGGCGUGUCUGACCAUGGACUUGUAAACCUCCUGUCAACAGAGCUAGGUUGUGUCCCCAAUGGCACCCUAUCCCAUAGGGCUCUGGUCAAAAGUAGUGAUCCGUGUAGGGAAUAGGGGGUACUUUGGGACGCAGCACUAGACCUGUUUGGCUGCUCUGGCAUCAGAAUGCCUUUCCAGAAGGGGGGAAAAAGGUGUUGAUUUGUGCAAACAUAGUCUUGGGAGGCAUGUUGGUUUAUGGUGUAUUGAGUGAUGGGGGGGGUUGGUAGCAGCCAGUUGGAGUGUUCCAGCCGUACAUAGUAUGUGUCAUCUGUAGUGAUCCGUGGUAAGAGUGAUAGGGGGUCACUUGGAUAUACACGUAGAGCAUGGUUAUGGCUGGGUCAUCUGGAUUUUACAACAUGGUAACAGUGGUUAUGUUGGGUCACUAUUAGUACACUGGAGAGCAGUGAGUUUAUGGCUGGGUCAUCUGGUAUAUCCCUGGUAGAGCGGAGUUGGUGCACCGUUAUGGAUUGUUAUGUCGUCUCUUUACACACAUGGUAGGGUCAAGUUGAUAUACACCUGUAAGCAUGAUUAUGGCUGGGUCAUCUGGUAUUAUACACUGUGAGCUGGUUAUGCGGUAUGAUUACAUGUAGAGCAUGAGUUAUGGCUGGGUCAUCUGGUAUUAUACACCUGGUAGAGCAGUGAGUUAUGGCUGGGUCAUCUGGUAUUAUACACCUGGUAGAGCAGUGAGUUAUGGCUGGGUCAUCUGGUAUUAUACACCUGGUAGAGCAGUGAGUUAUGGCUGGGUCAUCUGGUGUUAUACACCUGGUAGAGCAGUGAGUUAUGGCUGGGUCAUCUGGUAUUAUACACCUGGUAGAGCAGUGAGUUAUGGCUGGGUCAUCUGGUGUUAUACACCUGGUAGAGCAGUGAGGUAUGGCUGGGUCAUUUGGUAUUUUAUACACCUGGUAGAGCAGUGAGUUAUGGCUGGGUCAUCUGGUAUUAUACACCUGGUAGAGCAGUGAGUUAUGGCUGGGUCAUCUGGUAUUAUACACCUGGUAGAGCAGUGAGUUAUGGCUGGGUCAUCUGGUAUUAUACACCUGGUAGAGCAGUGAGUUAUGGCUGGGUCAUCUGGUAUUAUACACCUGGUAGAGCAGUGAGUUAUGGCUGGGUCAUCUGGUAUUAUACACCUGGUAGAGCAGUGAGUUAUGGCUGGGUCAUCUGGUAUUAUACACCUGGUAGAGCAGCGAGUUAUGGCUGGGUCAUCUGGUAUUAUACACCUGGUAGAGCAGUGAGUUAUGGCUGGGUCAUCUGGUGUUAUACACCUGGUAGAGCAGCGAGUUAUGACUGGGUCAUCUGGUAUUAUACACCUGGUAGAGCAGCGAGUUAUGGCUGGGUCAUCUGGUAUUAUACACCUGGUAGAGCAGUGAGUUAUGGCUGGGUCAUCUGGUAUUAUACACCUGGUAGAGCAGUGAGUUAUGGCUGGGUCAUCUGGUAUUAUACACCUGGUAGAGCAGUGAGGUAUGGCUGGGUCAUCUGGUAUUAUACACCUGGUAGAGCAGUGAGUUAUGGCUGGGUCAUCUGGUGUUAUACACAUGGUAGAGCAGUGAGGUAUGGCUGGGUCAUCUGGUAUUAUACACUUGUUUUGUUUAUAUAACAUAAAUAUCUCACUGUUUGUUUUUAUAGUUGAUAUUCACAUAGUCUAGCUCCUAUGACCAGUGUGGAUGUACAUGGCUAAACCCUGUCCUUAUGUUCUCGCUGAUCUCCAGGUGAAGACAGAGACGGCUGCUGACCUGACUGUUCUCCAUGGGGAGGCGAGCCAGAGGACCACAGAGCAGCACGAGAGACAGCUGGAAGGCAAGACUAGAGCUGUGAAAUAACUUCUGGAUCUAGAUCUAAUAACCAAAGACUAGAGCUGUGAAAUAACUUCUGGAUCUAGAUCUAAUAACCAAAGACUAGAGCUGUGAAAUAACUUCUGGAUCUAGAUCUAAUAACCAAAGACUAGAGCUGUGAAAUAACUUCUGGAUCUAGAUCUAAUAACCAAAGACUAGAGCUGUGAAAUAACUUCUGGAUCUAGAUCUAAUAACCAAAGACUAGAGCUGUGAAAUAACUUCUGGAUCUAGAUCUAAUAACCAAAGACUAGAGCUGUGAAAUAACUUCUGGAUCUAGAUCUAAUAACCAAAGACUAGAGCUGUGAAAUAACUUCUGGAUCUAGAUCUAAUAACCACGUUGAUUCUGUUGGAACUGCUUCUAGACUGCUAAAUGACUCAAAUGUAAAAUGUAGAAUGAGUAAUCGUUGACUGAUGUUAUCCCGGCCCGUAGAAUUACAUAUAGAAUCCCUGUUAUCCCCCACAGAACUGCAGGGGAUACACAGUGAAGAGACGACACGGCUAACAGCCACCCACCAGGCAGCUGAGAAAGUGUUGAAGGUGUGUGUGUUUAGUUGUCGUUUUUAACUUAUCCGUUUUGAUCACCUGUUUUGAUUUACUGUGGUCUAUACAGUAUCCCCUACCUUCUAACUGUGUAAUAGGAAGUACAGUACUGACCAGUAGGUUUUCUUUUGAAGGACGAGGUAGAGGAGCUGACUGCAGAGCUACAUGUGUACAAUGAGUUAAAGAAGAGAGUUGAGGAGUCUACCUUCAAGAAGGACCUGCAGCGGAACAUUCAGGUGUGUGUGUGUGUGUGUUUGUGUGUGUGUGUGUGUGUGUGUGUUGUGUGUGUGUGUGUGUGUGUGUGUGUGUGUGUGUGUGGUGUGUGUGUGUGUGUGUGUGUGUGUGUGUGUGUGUGUGUGUGUGUUGUGUGUGUGUGUGUGUGUGUGUGUGUGUGUGUGUGUGCGUCUGCACAGUGGGUCUGUUUCUACAUGCUGUGUGCAUGAUCCCAUAACAAGUUCACUUAGUUGGACUGUUGCUUUAGACAUCUGGUCUCCAGGUCUCAUUAGGAUGCUGUUGAUUUUAUACUCUUCCCCUCCCCUCCUCUCUCCAUCUCCCUCUCUCCCCUCCUCUCUCCUUCUCCCUCACUCUCCUUCUCCCUCUCCCCCCUCCCCUCUCUCCUCCCCUCCUCUCUCCUUCUCCCUCUCCUCCCUCCUCUCUCCUUCUCCCUCUCUCCCCUCCCCCUCCUCUCUCUCCUUCUCCCUCUCCCUCCCUCCCUCCUCUCUCCUUCUCCCUCUCUCUCCUCCCCCUCCUCUCUCCCCUCCCGUCCUCUCUCCUUCUCCCUCUCUCCCCUCCUCUCUCCUUCUCCCUCUCUCUCUCCAGGCCCAUGGCAGUCCUGGGCCGUUCUGGGAGCGGGAGCAGGAGAGUCUGCUGUUUGUCAUUGAAAUGAAGCGUGAGCGUAUUCAGGAGCAGGGGAACAAACUGCUCCAGAUGCAGGCUCUGGUAGGGAACAGGGACUGGGACUUGGACUGGGGACUGGCUGAUUUUCUCCUAGUCAAAUUCAUGUCAAAGUUUAUUUAAAGUGCAUCAUCACAGUCUCAAUACACUUUGCAGAGGAAAUGAAACAGAAACAAGAAAUCUUAGAUGCUCUGCGCUGUCAAAAAAUACUCUGGGUUAUAGUCUGUGAAUUUCAACAUGUCGUCUUUACCACCAUGAUUGGUGAAUUUCAUUUCUUUUUAUUUCUACCAUGUCAGGUGGAGAAGAAUCUCUCUCUAGAAGACCAGGUCAUAAAUGUUCUACAGCAGAAUGAGGACCUGAGGGUUCGGAUCGACAACCAUCAAAGCCUUGUACAGUAAGACCUGCUGCUGCUUGUCAUGUGAUAUCCACACCGUCUCUGUCUCUGUUGGAAUGUUCAGUUACCCUGGAGAUAAUGUUGUUAGGACUGUACCAGGAAGUCACAUUGUAGAAGACUACAUGGCAACAAGGCUGUAAAUAGAUGAACAGACCUAACAAGUGUUUGAACAAACAAACAUAAUAAGUUCUGUUCAAUCAAACUCAAAUUUAAGAAAACGGCUAUGGCAUUUACAUAAGAUGUGAAUGUGGCGCCACUUGGUGGAGAAAGUGGUAGGGAUAUUUCUUAGAGGAAGCAAGUUAUGGCGGUUUACAAGACUUUAGUGCAAAAGUGAAAUUUCGCCAUAGAAACUUGUGUAAUUACCUCCUUUUUUAUAUGAAAGUAUAUAGCUUUAAUUUAUAUAGCUGCUGGAUGGCUUUAUGGUGCUGCUUCUACUUAUGUAAAGCCUUUACACAUGGAGGAUUUUGAUGAAGAACAGUGAUUUGAGGUCAGCAAAAGAUUGAUAAAAUAUACUUAGCUACAGAUUCGUUUUUGUAGCUCGUUAUAAAUGUAUUUCUGUCCUAAACUAUCAAUGUUGUUAUACAGUGCAUUCUGAAAGUAUUCAGACCCCUUUACUUUUUCCACAUUUGUUACAUUACAGCCUUAUUCUAAAAUUGAUUAAAUCAUUCUCAUCAAUCUACACACAAUACCCCAUAAUGACUAAGCAAAAACAGUUUUUUAGACAUUUUUGUACAUUUAUAUAUAUAUAUAUAUAUUUUAAAAAAGAUCACAUUUUAUAUAAGUAUUCAGACCCUUUACUCAGUACUUUGUUGAAGCAGUCUUCUUGGGUAUGACACUACAAGCUUGGCACACCUGUAUUUGGGGAGUUUCUCCCAUUCUUCUCUGCAGAUCCUCUCAAGCUCUGUCAGGUUGGAUGGGGAGCGUCGCUGCACAGCUAUUUUCAAGUUUCCAGAGAUGUUGAAUUGGGUUCAAAUCUGGUCUCUGGCUCGGCCAGUCAAGGACAUUCAGAGACUUGUCCCCAAGCCACUCCUGUGUUGUCUUGGCUGUGUGCUUAGGGUCAUUGUCCUGUUGGAAGGUGAACAUUCGCCCCAGUCUGAGGUCCUGAGCGCUCUGGAGCAGGUUUUCAUCAAGGAUCUCUCUGUACUUUGCUCUGUUCAUCUUUCCCUCGAUCCUGACUAGUCUCCCAGUCCCUGCCGUUGAAAAACAUCCCCACAGCAUGAUGCUGCCACCACCAUGCUUCACCGUAGGGAUGGUAUUGGCCAGGUGAUGAGCGGUGCCUGGUUUCUUGGUUUCAUCAGACCAGAGAAUCUUGUUUCUCAUGGUCUGUGAGUCUUUAGGUGCCUUUUGGCAAACUCCAAGCGGGCUGUCAUGUGCCUUUUACUGAGGAGUGGCUUCCGUCUGGCCACUCUACCAUAAAGGCCUGAUUGGUGGAGUGCUGCAGAGAUGGUUGUCCUUCUGGAAGGUUUUCCCAUCUCGGGUUCUUGGUCACCUCCCUCCAAUCAAGUUGUAGAAACAUCUCAAGGAUGAUCAAUGGAAACAAGAUGCACCUGAGCUCAAUUUCGAGUCUCAUAGCAAAGGGUCUGAAUACUUAUGUAAAUAAGAUAUUUCUGUUUUUUUAUUUUUAAUACAUUUGCAAAAAUGUGUCAUUAUGAGGUAUUGUGUGUAGAUUGCGAAAAACAUUUUAGAAGAAGGCUGUAACUUAACAAAAUGUAGAAAAAGUCAAGGGGUCUGAAUACUUUCCGAAUCCACUGUACGAGUGUUCUCUUCUAAUAACUACCCUUCCCUGUGCUCCUGUCUGUAGGCAGCUCUCCAAGGAGCACCAGGACCUCCAGGGGGCGUUAGACAGGCAGACAGGUCUCAGUCAGAGGCUCACCCAGGAGAAAGAGCAACUCAUGUUUAAACUGAAGCACAGAGACUCCUGUCCUACCUUCCCUUCCUUCCCCAUAGUGUCUGAGGUCUCCCCCAGCUGA